GCCAAGUAAACAUCCCUGCCAUUCAGCUAUCAUGUUAGCCGACGGAGUCAUAUGUAAAUAGCUUUACGAGCUUAUGGGAUGUCUGCUUGGAUUGAUUUGUUUUAUGAGUGUUGUAUCAUUUUUAGUUGACACCUGGAUAUAUAUCUAAAUAUAAUGGACACCAGAAGUUCUAUGUGAAGGUCGUUGCAGUGUUUGCAGUCAAAUUCGUCAGGUUAGCUGCCUCGGUGGACUAGCCUGUUAGCUAUCGCGGCCAUAACGAGCAGCACAACAAACACCGAGUCGAGUCGGCGAGUCGACUUUAGACGUUAUUUCUGCCAUCGUCAUCAUGGAGAAGGCUGAUUUCUUAAAGGGACUUCCAGUCUACAAUAAAAGCAACUUCAGCAGGUUCCAUGCAGACUCCGUUUGUAAAGCAUCAAACCGAAGGCCGUCUGUUUACCUCCCAACCCGGGAAUACCCUUCUGAACAGAUUAUUGUAACAGAGAAAACUAACAUCCUCCUGCGCUACCUGCAUCAGCAGUGGGACAAAAAGCAGAAUGCAGCAAAGAAAAGGGAACAGGAACAAGGCGAGGGGGACAGCCCGGCACCGCCGAGGAAAAUCGCCAGGACAGACAGCCAAGAGAUGAAUGACGACUCAUAAAGUGUGCGUGUGUUUGUGUGUGAGAGGAUGAAAUAGCAUGUGCACAUACAGGGUGUAGCCUAUGUGAACUGAUGAACACAGAAAGUUAGGUGAACCUGAAUAAAAAUACGUGGUAAUUUUGAAAAGAGGUGCACUGAUCAGGAUUUUCCUGGCUGACUGUGUUUAAGAUCGAGUCAAAAUCCAUCAUAAUGUUUUUAUUUUGGCUCUGAUAGACAUGUCGACUCCUCCUGGGGUGAGCCUGUACACCUGUAAGUGUUUGUAUGUGUGUUGCGCUGUGGAUGCGUGUCGUUCCGUUUGUGUGAAGCGGGUGAGUGUUAAAGUGUGUAGAGUUGAGAUGGAGACACACUGGACAGAAAAAGCUAUGUUUAAAAACUAAACCUGUGUAGAUCCGCUCUGAUCCACGUGAACGUUUUGUUACUCUGUUAAUUUUAUUACAACUCGUCGUUGUUGAGCUUCCUGCCAGCCGCAGUGCCCACUCGGUUUCACUGCCCACUUUUAACCACAUGGGGGCGCGUCAGCAUCUCUGAAAAUCCACAGAACCAAGAAUGCACUGUGACAAAGAGCACAAAGUAGAGCCAUUUCUUCCAAAAUCCUCCAAAAGAUGCGACUAUAUUCAUAUCUGUGUUUUAAUCUGGGACUUGUGCUCAUAGGAUUUAGGUUGAUUUGUCUGAGAUGCAUUUUCACACCUAGCAUCUCAGUGAUUAUGGCUAUAAAAAUUUUUAUUUUCUUAAAGGGAGAAAUUCAGACCCGUAAAGCACAGAUGGUAAAAAAAAAAAAAUCUAAUUACAUGAAAGGAAAGAUAAUUUUUGUGUGUGUAAAUAGUUAACAUUACAAUUAAACAAGUUUGUGUUUUCCUAAAUAAAUAAAAACACCCAUGGAUGCGAUAGGAAAGGUAGCACCCUGAUGCCCAGUGGAUGUUCUCUGGCUUGCAUGUUGUUUUCACUACUGGAUGUUUUGUUACAGAACCGAAGGUAUCAGCGUAGAGCAGGGGUCUCAAACUCCAGGCCUCAAGGGCCGCAGUCCUGCAGUUUUUAAAUGUGCCACAGGUGUGGUGCAGCAGAGGCACAUCUAAAAGUUGCAGGACUGCGGCCCUCGAGGACUGGAGUUUGAGACGCCUGGCCUAGAGGCCUUACAACUCGUCAUCGUGGUCCGAAUCCCUUUAGCUGCCCCGGCUUGGAUACGUUCUGCAUCUUCCAGUCUCGGAAGGUUUUUUUAAGUUUGAGAUCUGGCAUGAAUUAUCACAGAGUGGGAUUUAAAAGGGAUAUUUUAGCGUUUUCAGCCACAGAAUGCACAUGGAGCAUGGGAAGCAGCAUACUUACUUUCAGUUUGUUCUGGGGUCAUAAACCGCUACACUGCGAUGAAGCUUCUUGUUAUCACUGCCCAGCAGAGUCACGUCAAAGCCUGAUGUUUUAACAGCCCAUGCAGCAGUGUAGAUAUCCUUUUUUUUUUAAAUCAUAAAAACAUGACAUGCUUCUGCUCUGAUAGACUGUUCAGCUCCACCUUAGGCCUUGCUUCCAUACUGUGUGUUUGAUCAGAUGUUCCUUUAAACUUUGCUCAAAUAAAGCUUCACUGAAACUA